AUGCCGACAACACCCAUAUCCAUGCCGGGGAAUGCUUUCUGGGAAUUCUACAUGGAGCUUCCACAACUAGGUGUUUGCGAUCGUGCCAAAUGGAAGCAUUCAUUGACAUAUUCGGUUGCCCCGGUUGUUGGAGCAAGGAUCUCCGCCGUCCAUUCGACCCAACGAAAUCAAGGACGCUCUGAGAGGUGCCUCUCAUCACGACCACCCCUUUCCCGUCGAUGGAGACCCCGUCGCAACCAAGCACGGCAUCCUCCAAUCCUUUCCCAAAAAUAUUGGGCAGGGACAACUUGCGGUCAGCAUAGUCACGGCAACGGGAUCGUCGCACGAGAUCAUAUCCAACAGGCCAGUGACCAACCUCUACAUGUGUACAAUUUCCUUCUCCAACGCAAAAUCAUUAUUACUCAUGAGCUCAACCUUCUCAACCGGUAUCUCGAAACCUUCCAGCCUCCGCACAGCCCGAAUGAGAUGGACUGGGAACCCGUUUUGCCACUGGAAAGACAUUGUUUGCAGCAGCAGCAUGAGCAGCGAAAACAGCCGUUCGAUGCAUCAUCCUUAGAGUUGUCAGGGGCGAGUGUACCGUAA